AUGACAAAUCACACAGUCCCACAUACCUCUGAAAAUCCCGUCAGCCUGCAGCCUUGGGUGCAUCACGAGGACCAUGGUCCUGUCGCAGACCUUUUGUCCCGGCAGCAAAACGGCAUCUCCCAGCCACCCGAGGGAUUUCCGCCCUCUAUUCAUGAAGCAACGAGGUGGUCUGGAUUAGAUACUAACAAAAUACAGCCACAUACAUUUAUCCUAGAUGGCCCCGAUGUAGCGGCAAUGGAGGGGACUUUAAAGUCGUUCCAUGAACUCGAGCUUGAUGGCGACGAGGUAACACGAGAGUGUUUCCCUCUUCCAAGUCUUCAAGAUAGGCUUGAAAAAUGUGCUUUUGAAGUCCAUCGUGGCCACGGGUUGUGCAUUAUUCGUGGACUAAACCCCGAUAACUAUACUAUUGAGGAUAAUAUUGUCCUCUUUCUCGCGAUUUCAAGCUAUAUUGGAGACGAAAGAGGUCUUCAAAAUGCUAAAGGCGAUAUGUUAUCUCACGUUACCGAGUCAAAGUCAUGGACGGUACCCAAGGAGAAACGACACGGGAUACAUACCAACUAUAGUUUGCCAUUCCAUAACGAUAUGGGAUGCGAAAUCCUGUCUAUCCAAGUCCGAGACCGAGCCGAUGAGGGUGGGCGUACAUGCGUAGCGUCAAUAGCCGCCAUUUAUAAUGAUCUAGUACAGACGAAGCCUUGGGUUAUCCAUGCCCUGGCAAAGCACGACUGGCCAAUUCAAACGUAA